AUGGUUUCUACCAUGACCAACAAGAAGUUUUCGCUGAAAGGUGUGUUGCUAGCCAUCCUGGCGAUUACUAACGUGUACCUGUCAAGGAAGGGUGUAACAUCAUCACCUAUUUGUCCCAAUGGGUCUGACACUUGCCAGGUCUCUCUUGGGGAUCUUUUUGACCGUGCUGUCAAACUCUCACACUAUAUCCACUCCCUGUCUUCGGAAAUGUUCAAUGAAUUUGAUGAACGCUAUGCUCAGGGCCGAGGGUUUAUUGCAAAAGCCAUUAACAGCUGCCACACUUCAUCCCUAACCACUCCUGAAGACAAGGAGCAAGCUCAGCAGAUUCAUCAUGAAGACCUGCUAAAUUUAGUGCUGAGUGUUCUCCGUUCCUGGAAUGACCCUCUGCUACAUCUGGUCUCGGAGGUCCAAAGAAUCAAAGAGGCUCCUGACACCAUUCUCUGGAAGGCCAUGGAGAUUGAAGAGCAAAACAAACGGCUUCUGGAUGGGAUGGAGAAAAUCGUUGGGAGGGUUCACCCAGGUGACCUGGGUAAUGAAGUCUAUUCUAGAUGGUCGGGGCUGCCAUCUCUGCAGCUGGCUGACGAAGAUUCUCGCCUCUUUGCCUUCUACAAUCUGCUGCACUGCUUGCGCAGGGACUCACACAAAAUUGACAGCUAUCUGAAACUCUUGAAGUGUCGCCUCAUCCAUGACAGUCACUGUUGAGCAAUUGGAGCUAGCACCUAGCGCCUAUAAAAGGACCUGCUCUUAGCCUCAUUGCUUUUCACUGCCCAUUGCAGGCCUUGCGCAAAAAUUCAUCCUGUGGUACAAUAUUUAUGUCCAUGUAAUUUUUACUUUUGUGAGAUGCAAGCCAUUUGU